AUGCCCCCCACCACCUCCCCUCACCCCAACCAACGCGGCAUCGAACCGCACCCGGACCUCCCCCACAACGCCGCCCACGAAGUCGACUACACCCCCCACCCCGAGAACUCCCUUCCCCUGCCCCCAUCCCGUCAAUCCAUCCAAGACCACAUCAUUGCGCUAUACUGCGGUAGUGCCUCCGCCGAGGACAUGAGCGUCUACGCCGAGCAAGCCGUGUACGACGAUCCGUUCAGUUAUUGUGAUACGCGGUACAAAAUAGCCGGCCAAUGGUACGGCAUCCCCAAGCUCUUCAGCAAGAGUGAGAACCUAGGGACGGAGGUGGUGUCGAACACGGAGGAUGAGAUGGUCUGGAAGCAGAGACAGAGGUAUACGUUUCGGGGGAUUGGAGCCUCCAGGACGGAGGAUAGUUUGGUGAGUUUGAGGUUGCAGGGUGGUGGAGGUGGGGAUGGGGAUGGAGAGAGGGUGGUUUAUCAUAAGGAUAUGUGGAGUGAGAGGGAUUAUGAUCAUCAGGGGUUUGGGGCGCUGAUGAAGAAGGUUAAUGGGGAUAAGUUGACGGGGAUUACGAGGCCGCCGGAGGAGCUUUAG